CGCGGCUGAUGUGUUGGUCGAAGAUCAUUCGGCGAUCGAUACAGUCGCUGUUUCACAGAAUUAUAGUGAUCCAGUAUAGUGAAUUGAACAUUAUACGAAAAGUAAAAUGGUUUCGCUGAAAUUAUUCGCAUGCGUUGUAGUGAUCAUUGCCGUGGUGGAGUUGGCGGCCGGUGGCACAACUUCCUCGCGGAAACCGGCCGGCCGCAAGACGACGACGGCGCCGGCCAGCCAGAACAAAUCGAACCGCGCCGGGGAAACGCGCUCGGCCGGCCAGAUGAUGAGCGUCUUCGUGGGGACGCCGGUGGCCGGGAAGGGACGUCGGCGUCGCCAGGCGGAACCGGAAGAGGCCAACCAGCUCAACGGCCACAUCGUCUUCGCCGGGCGCUCCAAGCGCCAGACCAACACCGGCAACACCGGCUACGGCCAGACUGAUAUCGGCUUGAUGCGGCUGUUUAAGCGGGCGCGAUUAAAGCCAGCAGCGGACAAAACGGUCAAGCGGAGGCCAGCGGACAGCAGUCGCAUCAUCAUAGCCACCAUCACCAUCGCCAUUAAAACGCUGUUUUUAAUAUACAUAUCCUGAUUAUUGGCAAAUCAAAGGAAAAUUAUUUUAUUUAUUAGAAUAAUUUAUUUGACGCAGUGUCAUGUGAAAACGCUGAUCAGAAAAAAAAAACGUCAGAUGAUUUUAGCCGCUGGGUGAAUUGAAUUUCAUAACGGGACUGGUCAGCGUUAUUUUGUGUGUGAUAUCAAACCUUACUGCGCGAUGCGGCGAAGGGUAUAAU